UGCACGAAGGCAGCCCUCUGGGUGAGCUCCAUCGCUGUAUCCGUGAGGGGGUGAAGGUGAACGUUCACAUCCGCACUUUCAAGGGACUUCGGGGCGUCUGUACCGGCUUCCUCGUAGCAUUUGACAAGUUCUGGAAUAUGGCACUUACUGAUGUGGAUGAGACCUACAGAAAACCUGUUCUAGGCAAAGCGUAUGAACGGGACUCUUCGCUGACUCUCACGAGGCUGUUUGAUCGGCUGAAACUGCAAGAUUCCUCCAAGAAGGAAGCAGAUUCCAAGUCUGCAGUUGAAGACUCCACUCUGUCCAGAUACUCGCAGACAUCUACUUGGAAGGUGGCCUCGGUGUGGGGGAGAGGAGACACCGACCGGAGCUCCCGCAGGCGCUCCCGCUCCGUUCCGUCUUCCUUACAGGCGUCCGCUAGGGAGGAGUCCAGGUCCGAGCUGUCAGGGAGGACUACAAGGACAGAAGGGUCCAGUGUGGGAGGUACGGUUUCCAGGGCCACCACCCUUUCCCGGGGCCAGUCCCGUAAGAAAAAGCGAAAGCCCAAGGUGGAUUACCAGCAGGUAUUCACUCGACAUAUAAAUCAGAUUUUCAUUCGAGGUGAGAACGUCCUGCUGGUUCAUCUUGCACAGUAACCAGCUCAGCCUCAUGUGAGCUUUGGUUUUUAGAAAUAAAAUGCAUGAGUUACUACUAUGCUGUAUCCUAGUGUCCCAACAAAACGUGAGUUGGAAUGAUUCCCUCUGGUCCGGCGCAUGCAGAGGACAGAGCAGGCUCGACCCUCUGGAAGGUGAGCUCAAGGAGAGGACAGGCCUUGGGAAGGUGGGCGUUCGAGUUAAUGUCAAGGGAGAAGCCACGCGUAGGUGCGGCAUGCAUCUGCUGGGGUGCCAUGGUCUGCUUCAGUCACACAAGCCAAAUACGUAAGAUUUUGUACUUGACUUAGGGAUCACAGUGUGAGUGGAAUUCACUCUUUAAUGACUAUAGAGAAAAACUAUCUCAAAAGAAUAAUCUCGUUUUGAAAAGCUAGUGCCCCGCACACUCAUGAAUUUGAUUCUAAGAGUAGCAGUGCAAAUGGCCCUGGAUCCCUGCACGCACAUCUUGUAACUGACCUUUGAAUCUUGCUCAACACCAUUCUCUCUUGAUGAAGCAGUGAAAUUUAUUUUGAAUAUCUAUAAGGUCUGGGAGAGUUACCAACUUACACAGGGGCAAAAUUUAGGUGGGGCUGUGCUCCAAGUAGCCAGGGAUCAGCGCUCUGCCUCGACCACUCUCCUGCUGUGGAGGGAAACACGGGACCUCUUCAGUCUUCCCUCCCCAGAGGUAGCCUCUGCAGGUGACGCACCAGACGAGACUGUAACUUGCUAGUGUGGUGGCUCCUUGUCCUUCGUGCUGACUUCUGCGGCAUGGUGCUAGUGCAUGUCCCCGGUGGUAUUGCCCCUCUGUAUAUAAUGUAAACUGUCCUGUGAGCUUCCUGGCAGGAGACUGUGACCUUCAGGUCUAGCUUCAAAGAGUUUGGCGUGAACUCAGUAAUAUACCUGCGUCACACGGCUGAGAGUGCCCUUCCCACGCGGGGCUGGCCUCGCGUAGAAGCUCUCUCAGCAUGGUGGUGGCUCCAUUCCCUUGAGUCAGUGCUUACAGAGACAUUUUCCUCGCAGCCUGGCUUGAGUAACGGGAGCGCCGUGGAACCCAGAGCUGCUCCUACUGAAAUCAUACUGUUACAUGGAUUUUGAAUCGCCAGUGCAGAAUAGGCUGCAUUUUGACACAGACUGUUAGGCAAUAUGACUUUUUGUUUUGUUUAUGUUGUUAUAGCUUGGGUAACUUACAUUCAGAGUGAGAAGAAAUAGCUAGCUAGUUAAAAUGUAUGAAAAAGAGAAAUUUCCCCUGUUCUAUUUGUUGUUUAGUUUGAAUGAGUCUUCUGAGACACAAGGUAAAUAAGGGUUAGGGAGCUGGACUGCCUCGUUCUUCUAGCUCAACUACCGCUGGCUCAUUAGACAAUUAAAGGUGAGCAGGUUUAACCCCUCUGUGCCUCAGUUUCCCCUGUCAGACACCUACCUCACUAGAGCAUUGUGACAAAGAAUUUUCGGAAGGCAUUUUACAGCCUCUAAACAUGUUUAAGUGCCAUGAGUAGUUUUUACUCAGUUUCACAGCUCUGUAAGAAUUCUACAUCUUAUGAGCAGGGCAGGUGCUAUAUAAGAAAGAAGUGUUCCUAGGUGUCAUAUUAGGAUCUAGUAACUAUCAUCCGAAGGCAAUGGAAACUUUAGGAACUAGUUUCCGGAUCCCCUCCCUCCACCGGAGGGACUGGAAGUUUUCAGAACAUCUUCAGGAAGAGGAGAAUGGCAUUUUGGUUCCUUUUGCUGCUCUCCCCACAUCCCAGCCCCAAUGUUUUUCUUAUAAUCAUCACAAAUAUUUAUAUAAUGCCAAAGGGAGAAUGAGUAUCUAAAAAUGGCACAUCCCCAAAGGGGAAUCUAUGGAAGUCUUUAUUUAUUUAUUGCUAGUUUGUUUUUAUUUGUAGAUGUAUUUGAAAGUACACUUUAGAGCCAGAUUAGAUGCACUAAAGUAUUUAAGAGAUUCCAGGUUACAAACUCAAGACCACAGUUAUCUUUGCAGUCUGCCAUAAACUCUCUUUUCACUAGUGUGUCCAGCAAUCAAUUCCCAGGUUAAUAGUGUCUUAUUUAAUCAUUGGGCAAUGCUGCCUGCAUCUCUUUGCCAGUUGCCCCUGCCAGCCUCAUGUCUGCCUUCUUGUCCCUCAAUUAGAAGCUGUAAUAGGUACUCUGUUUUCCCAAUAAUGUAGAAAUUUGGAAUAAAAAAAAUAUAAUUUCCAUCUCAUUCCAUUGCCUUAUUAAAUCUACACUGAUUUGUUUUAAACACAUAUAAGUUUUUAUGUUUAUGUAGAACUUCCAUAUAUUCACAUAAAGAUUGAAUUAUAAUUUUCUCCCCAACAUGACAUGAAAAAUAUUUUGAACUGUGUACUGUCUUAUGAGCUGUAUUGCUCCCUAUUUAUUUGUGUGGUUCAAGCAAUGCUCCUAGAAUGAAUAUUACUUAGUAUGUGUACUAUUUUGUACAAAGUAUGAUAAUUAUAUUUAGAGAAGUUUAUUUUUUAAAAUUGCUGCGUUUUCUUUGUUAUUGGAAAAUUUUUCAAAAAUAAGGAAAAAAAAUAGGCCCGAAUAAUGUAUUGCUGCUGAAAAGUUGUAACCAUCUAGUCCAUUAUAAUAAAUUGCCAGGGUGACCAAGGCGGUAGCUCUGUGGUAGGGCACAUGCUUAGCAUGCGUGAGGCCUUGAGUUCAGUCCCCAGCACAGUAAUUGAUUGAUUGUAAAUUGCUACAGAAAUAAGUGACAUCUUCCCAGGAAAAGGGCAGAAGAGGGAACCAGUGGUAGAGAAUCAGAACCCUUGACCCCCACCUCUAAAUAACCUGAGGGUCCCACACCGCUGAAUGCCAAAAGCUGGCCUCCAGGCAUUAAGGUUGGGAAACUUGUUACGAACAGUAUCUAUUUUGGAACAUCCAACUUGGCUCUUUAAAGAAGUGUCUAGACAAAGAACCAUGUUUUCAGGAAAAUUCAUAGGACGGACCUGUGCACUUGGUGUUCUUCUUUGGCACGUCCAGCUUUGUUAGACGAUAGCAGGUAAUUAAGCAGUGGGACACAGGGUUUCGUGCCCAGAGCGCGUCAAGUGCCAUUCUUCCUACGUAGAAGUGGUUCUUCUGUUCUACCCUCAGCAGAACGUGUACGUAGGUUGUUUGAUUCAGCGUCUGGGAAAUGUUCGUGCUUCCUUUCUGGGAUCACGUCACGACCAGAAGCAGGCUCGUUAUGAAAUAGCCAGAGUUAGCAGCGUCUGAGGCGGGUGGCUUUGGGCCAGUGGGCAUCUUGCUCUCUGUUCGUGAUGUGUGUCAGGUCCGAAAGCCUGGAGAACAUCAGCAUUAAAUCCAGGAGCACAGAAAUCCUCACUGUGAGCUGUUGGUGGAUGAGGAGCAGUCCCGUAGGGCCUUGUGAGAGAGUACAGGAGUACCUGUAGAGACUGUCAGGUCGAAGUAUGCACUGCUCUUCAUUCUCAUAAGCCUCACAGAAAUCUGUGUGUACCACUUUUCCCCUUAAGGAAAAAAAAAACAAGGGCAAGGGGACCAAGACGUGUAGGGAAAAGCUUCGGGGGAGGGGAAGUAAAAAGAAGACGUGUUAUGUACGUGGAGCAACUCCCCAUGACGGAUGUAGUCAUGUACUGCAAAAAUGUCCCGAUAAAAAUUGAAAAGAGAAAUAGAAACCUGACUUGAUACAAAAUGGAUAUCUGAGUAUCUGAAUGUACUAUUUCCAUAGCAGCCAACACGGACAAAGCUGUGAAAUAGAGUUGGUUCUGUAAAUUGCUUCUUUAAAUUUUCUCUGAAUUUUGCCUUUAGGAAAAAAAAUUGAAAAUUAUUCUAAGACAGCUAGCUGUCACCGGUGCUGCCCCGAAGCUUUCCGUUCUUUCGUGUAUUUUUCAUGAAUGAAGUGAUUGCUGUGGGAAGGUCAAAGUUCACGGAGAAGAGUUUCACGGUAUAAAUAUCAUAGUUUUGCAGUUGUUUUAACUUCUUUUUCUGUACCUACCACAUAGAGAAUGCAGGCAGCCCCAUUUUAGUAGCUUAUGUUCACCAGUCUGUGUCUUUCUUUUCCCCAAAGGCUUUUCUUAGAGCUUAUAAACCAGAGACAUCUUAUGUGGGCUUGUGUUCAAAGGUACGCAGUCAGUGCUUUCUGGCAAAUUCAGUUGAUGUGUUUAAGAUAUGCCUUCGGGGUUCCUAACACGAUUUUCUGGGCUCUGAAGAAGGGUUGGGCCUCUUUUACCCUUACUGUUCUGAGUGUCUUUCAAAUGUUUGUAAGUUCCCUCGCACUCUUCUAAUUAAAAUGAAAGCUGUCAAGGAUGGGCUUCGAUGGUUCAAAGAUCUAGGGAAAGAAACAUAACACCUGAGAUCUUCAGUUGGUCUUUUAUUUAUUUAGAAAAAAAAAUAGUUUGAUAAGCUACCAGAGUUAGUGCUCCUUUAAAAACAUUCUCUGAAAAGAUGGGAACUGUCCCUUAGGAAAGCUAUAGAAGCGAUUCCCAGUACGUUGUGGUUGCUUUUGAUUUUAGUUUUCUGCAGCAAAUGUCUGAUGUUACAUUUUUAGAACUGUGAAAAAAAGUCUGAAAAUUUUUUUCAGGGAUAUUAUUUAAACUAUGAUUAUCUGGCUGAAUUACGUGAGCUAGGUUCUAGGGCAGCUAUUCACUUCUUUCUCUGUGGUCCUGACAGUUAAACAGAUAGCCAUGUCUUUAAAAGUCAUUUGCUUACUCUGUACUGACAUCUAAAGACAUCAGCCUUCUAUUUGGCAACACUGACUUACUGAUUUUUUUUAGACAAGCCUAAUGCUGGAUUACUCUGUAUUUAUAGUUUCAGUAUUCAUAUUCCAGCCGCUAGAAGAAAAAUCAUGACUGUAAUCUCAUUUUUUAUAUUACUCCUAAGUGUUAGGUGAACCAAAACCUUUUCUCUUUGGGGAGAAUUGCUGCUAGUUACCUUAGUUUGCCAUGUUCUGCUUGUGUCAUAUGAAGGUCUGAAACUGUAAUAAAUAUGACUGUGUUACUGUA